AUGACAGCCGACAGUCAGGGUACGACAGCACAGAUAGGCCACCCAGGUACGGAGCCUCAACAACAGGUAGGUGGACCCCACCAUAAGGAAACGGUUCCCAAGGAAGAAGCUACCUUAGAAGAACAGGAACUUAACGAACGACAUAAGAUCUUAUCCUGGACGGUAUAUUACGUAGAUGACUACCUCAUUCACUACUCCGAGAAGGCAGGGAGUGGAUAG